UCCUCCAUGUUCUUCCAGUUUGGCCCAUCAAUUGAGCAGCAAGCUUCCGUAAUGCUCAACAUCAUGGAAGAGUAUGACUGGUACAUCUUUUCUAUCGUCACCACCUACUUCCCUGGCUACCAGGACUUUGUAAACAAGAUUCGCAGCACCAUCGAGAACAGCUUCGUGGGCUGGGAGUUAGAGGAAGUCCUCCUGCUGGACAUGUCCCUGGAUGAUGGAGAUUCUAAGAUCCAGAACCAGCUCAAGAAACUUCAAAGCCCCAUCAUUCUUCUUUAUUGUACGAAGGAAGAAGCCACUUAUAUCUUUGAAGUAGCUAACUCAGUAGGGCUGACUGGCUACGGCUACACGUGGAUUGUGCCUAGUCUGGUGGCAGGGGAUACAGACACAGUGCCCUCGGAGUUCCCCACUGGGCUCAUCUCUGUGUCCUAUGAUGAAUGGGACUAUGGCCUCCCUGCCAGAGUGAGGGAUGGAAUUGCCAUAAUCACCACCGCUGCUUCCGAUAUGCUCUCUGAACACAGCUUCAUCCCUGAGCCCAAGAGCAGUUGUUACAACACCCAUGAGAAGAGAAUCUACCAGUCCAACAUGCUGAAUAGAUACCUGAUCAAUGUCACUUUUGAGGGAAGAAAUCUGUCCUUCAGUGAAGAUGGUUACCAGAUGCACCCGAAACUGGUGAUAAUCCUUCUGAACAAGGAGAGGAAGUGGGAGAGGGUGGGGAAGUGGAAAGACAAGUCCCUGCAGAUGAAGUACUACGUGUGGCCCCGAAUGUGUCCUGAGACAGAAGAACAGGAGGAUGACCAUCUGAGCAUUGUAACCCUGGAGGAGGCCCCCUUUGUCAUUGUGGAAAGUGUGGACCCUCUGAGUGGAACCUGCAUGAGGAACACAGUCCCCUGCCAAAAACGCAUAGUCUCUGAGAACAAAACAGAUGAGGAGCCAGGUUACAUCAAAAAGUGCUGCAAGGGGUUCUGUAUUGACAUCCUUAAGAAAAUUUCCAAAUCUGUGAAGUUCACCUAUGAUCUUUACCUGGUUACCAAUGGCAAGCAUGGGAAGAAAAUCAAUGGAACCUGGAAUGGUAUGAUUGGAGAGGUGGUUAUGAAGAGGGCCUAUAUGGCCGUGGGAUCACUCACCAUCAAUGAGGAGCGAUCCGAGGUGGUCGACUUCUCUGUGCCCUUCAUAGAGACCGGCAUCAGUGUCAUGGUGUCACGCAGCAAUGGGACUGUCUCACCUUCUGCCUUCUUAGAGCCAUUCAGUGCUGACGUAUGGGUUAUGAUGUUCGUGAUGCUGCUCAUCGUCUCAGCCGUGGCUGUCUUUGUCUUCGAGUACUUCAGCCCUGUGGGUUAUAACAGGUGCCUCGCUGAUGGCAGAGAGCCAGGCGGCCCAUCUUUUACCAUCGGCAAAGCUAUUUGGUUACUCUGGGGUCUGGUGUUUAACAACUCCGUCCCCGUGCAGAACCCAAAGGGGACCACCUCCAAGAUCAUGGUGUCGGUGUGGGCCUUCUUUGCCGUCAUCUUCCUGGCCAGCUACACUGCCAACUUAGCUGCCUUCAUGAUCCAAGAGGAGUAUGUGGACCAGGUUUCUGGCCUGAGUGACAAAAAGGUUGGCAAAAGCACACCCUGGGCUGCAAAUAAGCAGCUUGGUGUGGUCGCGGCUUUCUGA